AUGCCACCAAAGGGUGGACUGUUUCGCCCCCCUCGUUGUUCGCUCGUCGGCUGGACAAAGCAGCUAGUCAGAGGUUUUUACGUGCUGUUUUACCCAGCUUGUCUCCUACCUACACACGGGCUCCUUGGGGAUGAGUUUUGUGGUGCUGCCAGGCCAGGUCGUGGGGCCCAUUCUGGGCUGGAGGAUAAAGCCCUGCUUGAGUCUUCCGUGCCUGAGAUUAUAAGCUCUAUUCGACAAGCUGGAAAAAUUGCUCGUCAAGAAGAGUUUCAGAAUUCUCUCUCAGAUGUUGAAGACCCUUUUGCCAAAAAGUUUGAGGUGCUUUUCUGUGGACGGGUGACAGUAGCACAUAAAAAUGCACCUCCAGCCCUCAUAGAUGAAUGCAUAGAGAAAUUUAAUCAUGCAAGUUGUACAAAACCGUCAGAUUUCAACUCAUCAUCCCAACAACAUGAAACUGCCAAUAACUUCGGAGGCUUCUCUUUCAGCAACAAAUUGCGGUCUGUCUUCCAGCCCUUGGUCAGUGAAGAGGAGGAGAAAAGGCCAAUUAGGAAAUCCUUUUCUCAGCCUGGGCUUCGUUCCUUUGCUUUUAAGAAGGAUUUGCAAGAGGGAGGCCACAGGAGUAACAGCUUUGUCAGGUCUUUUGAAGAAGAUGCAAUUUCACUGAACCUUAAAAGUCAACUUAUCUAUGGACACAGUGUUGUGCAGCCAACAGACAUUGCAGAAAACCGGACAAUGUUGUUUACGAUUGGCCAGUCUGAAGUUUACCUUAUCAGUCCUGACACAAAAAAAGUAGCAAUUGAAAAAAGCUUUAAAGAAAUAUCCUUUUGUUCUCAGGGAAUUAGACAUGUGGAUCACUUUGGGUUCAUCUGCAGAGAGUCUUCAGAAAAUGGAGGCUUCCACUUUGUUUGCUAUGUGUUUCAGUGUACAGAUGAAGCACUGGUUGAUGAAAUCAUGAUGACAUUGAAACAGGCUUUCACCGUAGCUGCUGUGCAACAAACUUCCAAGGCACAGCCCCAGCUCUGUGAAGGAUGUCCUAUGCAAAGCUUGCAUAAACUCUGUGAAAAGAUAGAAGGGUUACACCCUUCUAAGACUAAACUAGAACUACAAAAGCAUCUAACAACGCUAAAUAACCAGGAGCAGGCCUCUGUUUUUGAAGAGGUUAAGAAAUUAAGACCAAGAAAUGAUCAAAAAGAGAAUGAGUUGGUUAUCUCUCUUUUGAGAAACAUGUAUGAAGAAAAACAGAAGGACCAUGUUCAUGUUGGAGAAGCAAAACAGACUCCACAACCCCUUGCUGAGAAUGCUGUAAAUGAGGUGCCCAGCAGUGCUCCAAGAUUCAGAUUAGAUAUGUUAAAGAAUAAAGCAAAAAGAUCUCUGACAGAAUCAUUUGAAAGUAUUUUGUCACGUGGCAGUAAAGCCAGAGGUCCACUGGACAGUUCUGGUGCUGUGGAUUUGGACAGCUCCAUGUCGAGUACCUUAAGCAGCACAAGUAAAGAACCACCAUUGUGUGAAAAGGAGAAAGACAGACUUCCUACGCUUCCUACAGAAAAUGCUGUCAAGACCAGUGGAUCAGUGGGUGAUCUCUCCAGUGAUGCAGAUGAUUCUCCUAUUGAGCAGUCUGUUACAUUACCUCAGCAAAGCUUUCGGAGGCGAGCAAACACACUGAGUCAUUUCCCAACAGAAAGCCAGGAAUCUCUGGUACCUGUUGAAACAUCACCAUCUGUUCCCCAGAGGAAACUUAUGAGGUAUCACUCAGUGAGCACAGAGACUCCUCACAAAAGAAAUUCUCCUGGUCAACUUGCGCGUUCUCCUACUCUAGCUCGUCUUAAUCCCUCGGCCUCUUCACCCAACUUUUUUAAAUAUCUAAGGCAUAAUUCAAGUGGAGAACAAAGUGGGCAUUUUGCACAAAAGAGCAUCUCCUACCGUACUGCCUUAAGGAAAAAGCUUCAUUCUUCCUCUUCUGUGCCAAAUUUCUUAAAAUUUCUGGCUCCUGUAGAUGAAAAUAACACCUCUGACUUUAGGAGCACAACAAGCGACUACGAAUCCAAACACAGCCAGCAGGCCAUUGGUGCGGACAGCCCUGUAAGGACUCGACGGCAUUCAUGGAGGCAACAGAUAUUCCUGCGAGUGGCAACCCCUCAGAAAGCAUGUGAUUCUCCCAGCCGAUAUGAUG